AUGAAAGUUUUAAAAUUAUUUAUCUUGCAGGACUUACUAUCUGUAUGGAAUAAUAAAAUACAGCGGAAAGAUAGGAACUUAUCCAUAAAAGAUGUAGUUUGCGGUUUACAUUUUAAAGAAGAUGAUUUUUUAAAAUAUGAGUGUAAAAUGCCUGAUGGGUCAAUUAAAUACAUUGAACGAAUACGUCCGGCAUUGAGAGAAAAUGCUAUUCCGACAAUAUUUUUAGGCUUACCAGAACGAUUUUCAAAUGUAGGGACAAAAAGACCGGCACCAAAAAACAGGCAAGAAAUAAAAAAGAGGGUUUGUAAUGCAUCAACAAGUGACUUAGAUGAAAUUAAAAUAGUACAAGAACCAAAAUUCACCGAAUGA